CCACGAAGAGGCGACUCAAACAGAGAACGGCGGAGGAAGUGAGACUUUGGUGCCUGUAUCGCAUCUGCCUGCGUGUGGCAUGUAUGCGAGCGCCUGUGAGUGAGCACGGUGCAGAGCUGACAGCCCUGGAGGUGAGAAUCGCCUACUUCCUCCUAAAAAGCGUCAAGUGAGGAGGUGAAGGACGGAGUCAGCUUGAGCCACAUGCAGAGAGGAGAAGCAGGGGGACGAGUACGUACACCGACAUCGGCGUCCCACUGUCUGAACACCUUCGGGACCAUGAAUCUGGGCAGCACCAUGAAGUCUGGGACACUUGAGGAAGUAAGGCAGGAGACACUGGACUUCACUGUGAAGAGCACGGCACCUGUAGGCCACGCCAACCAACGCACCCCAAGGAACAUCACAUACUGCUGCAGACCGCUGGCUUCCCAAAGCUCUGCAUCUACAGAUGCUUCCAAAAUCCCUGGGGGUCACACAGAUGUCGUCAAACUGGCAGGGACUCCCCAAGAUGUGUCCAGAGGUGUGGGUGACAUCUCGACUACAUCAGCAAGGCAAAAGAACCCAGGUUUUGUCCUUAGGAAAAACCUUCCUGUGACCCAAAAACCAGGUGAAUCUGCACCAAAGGUCUACAGUCCUCAAUCAUCUCAGACUCCAAACUCUUGGAAUGGAGAGACCACUCAGGAAAUCUUACAAAAACCCGAGAAAUAUAUAAUGAAACAGGGAAAUGCAGAAUAUCAGGUACCAGGCCACUAUAUCACUCCAGUCCGUAAACAGAGAGCGGCACCUGAAAUGGAGUCUUCACAGCGUCACGUUGCAGAUCGGUCCCCCAUGGAAUUCUACCCAUAUGCCUACAGAGAUACCCUGCAGCUGUCCCUCCCCUUCUCAAACAUGCCCAACCCACCUGUGGCCAUCCCAUACCCAUAUCUGUACCCGCACUUUCUGCCUUACCUCCAGCUACAGCCCUUCUUACAAAGUUACCGGUCCUUAAACAGAUGGAUGAAGGAAGAAUCACCAAGUCCUGUAGUCAGAGGGAGAAAGAAUGGGAACAUUACUCAUUCAGCUUUGGAAAGAGAUGUGUGCUGUGCCAAAGCUCAGCCCCAGAAGAGGGGCGGUCUAACAGAGCUCAGAAAUGAGAAAAGGGGGGCAUAUUUGGAGAGUAAACUGCAUGGCUUUUGCCAGAAGCCCCGUGUGAAUGAAGAGAGCAGUGCUGGUCCCCCUUACUCAUCAAGUCAUGACCUCCACAAAGAAGAAGAAAUUGACCUCAGGCCCUGGUUUGCUCAUUCAAUGCAAGGAGACCCAGUGAGACUAUCUGCUCACCCCUGGGCUACGGAGAUCAGUCUUAUUUCUAAUACGAUAAGACAGCAGCAUCCAACAAGGAGUCACGUUUUGCCGAGGAAAAAGCGAAGUGCAGGCUUUCCAAAUAACCACAGUGGCAGCAGCUCACAAAAGAAGACGAGAAAAUGUUUUUCAUUACAAAAUGAAGCAGUUGUGUUAGAGAAAGCAGGAGAGGAAAUCAGGGGGAAAAGAACAGAGUCACAUUGCUUGGAUUACAGUCAGAAAGGAAAGAAUGAGAUUCACUGGAAUAGAAAACAAGCAGCGUCUUCCAAAAUUCAUGAGUCUCCCCAAAUGCCUACAUCUACAAUGGAAAAUCAUGGGCCAACUGCGACACCAAACCACUGGCGACCCCCUCUGAAGCAAGAAAGACCACCAUCAAGGUCCUUCCCUAAUGAGCUGAUCCAUGCUGGUCAUUUUGAUAUAGUCGAUACUGAGACACCUCCUCCGAGAGAAAUUUGCAGCAAUAUUCAGGUACAAAGAGCUCAAGAGUAUGUUCUGCAGCCUGAAGCACCUGGAUGUGCCACUAGGGGAAUAAGAGGUACAAGCUGUCAGUGUCAAGGUCCAGAUUCUAAUGGAAGCUUGGUAACAUCUCAAGAUUCCAAGCCUGGUGGAAUAAGACGGGCUGAAGAAUGGAAUCAGACAAAAACUUGGGUUCCACAAAGAAAUAGGGGUCUGUGUGAGCAAUCUUCAGAUCAAAACCUUUCUAAGGACAGUAAUCCAAGAAGAGAAAGACUUAUUAUAAAACCAUGGGCUCCUGCUUUGGUCAAUAGACAGAAACCAGAUAUUAUAAAUCUCUCUCGCUUUAAGGACAGAGAAUUACCAGGGGAAAUUUCUCGCUCUCAAACUCAAAACAAAAGCAUAUGGCAGGAUAUCCAUAAAAAGGACAGAAUUUCUACCCUCUUCGAUAUCAGCCAAAUCUGUUCUGAGAAAGAAGACAGUGGUAAAAUCUCUGGUUCAAGCUCUCAGGCAGUAAGUGAUCCCAGCUUCCACGGUGAGGAUGGACCUAAAUAUCUCACCUUGGAUCGUGGAGCUAUAUUCCGGCCAAAAUGGCACGGUAUUGAGAGUGUUCUGGAGACCUACAUAAAGUACAUGGAAGAAAAGAAAAUCGAAGAAAUGGCUCUUCGAGAACAACUCAAACAGUCAAAGGCGAUAAACGAACAAUUGAAUCAGACAGUACGACGUUUGAGAAUUCAGCUGCAGGAACUGGAAGCAAGUAAAGCGCAGCUGGUGAGAGAUCAAAUGCUCCAAGAAGCCGCACUCAGCUGUCUGCAGAAGUGCCUGGUCUUUGCAGUCUAGCUGCCAGAAAUCAUUGUGGGGAAGAGAAGCAGCUCCAUUUCACUGCAUUUACAGGGGAAAUUAAGCUUCAUAGUAUAAGAUUAUUAUCAAUUGUAAAAGGAGCUGUUUUUAAAAAAACAAUGUUUAUGACAUUAAAUACACAGUUAAUGAAUGA